CAUUUCUCUCUUCUUUACUACGACUUUUCCUCGUCCACAUGUUAUGAAAAUUAAAAAUCCAAACAUUUUCACAAAAAUUAAACAAAUAUCUUAAUUAAAAAUGGGAAAACUCAACGUUACAAUUCUUCGCUAUCUUACACGGGAAGAUUUUCGGGUAUUGACAGCCAUUGAGAUGGGAAUGAAAAAUCACGAACUUGUACCUGGAUCACUUGCAGCUUCCAUUGCAAAUCUGAAAUCCGGAGGAGUACAUAAACUACUCAGGGAACUGGCCAAACAUAAGCUGGUUUCGUAUGAACGCGGGAAGAAAUACGACGGUUUUCGUUUAACCAACACCGGCUACGAUUACUUGGCCCUAAAAUCUUUGACUCUUCGUGGGUCAUUAUCCUCAUUUGGUAAUCAAAUCGGCAUAGGCAAAGAAUCCAACAUCUAUGUAGUCGCUGACGAGGAGGGAAAUCCCAUUUGCCUGAAACUCCAUCGUCUCGGAAGAACCUGCUUCCGCAACAUCAAAGAAAAGAGAGAUUACCAUGGCCGCAGGCACAAGGCCUCAUGGUUGUACCUGUCCAGAAUCUCUGCCACAAGAGAGUUCGCUUACAUGAGUGCUCUCUAUGAACGUGGAUUUCCAGUUCCGAAGCCAAUUGAUUUCAACAGACAUUGUGUUCUCAUGGAGCUCGUCAAUGGCUACCCAAUGACACAAGUUCAUGAGCUGGUCGAUCCCGAAGGGGUUUACGACGAACUGAUGAACCUAAUUGUGCGUCUGGGGAACUCUGGAGUGAUUCAUGGGGAUUUCAAUGAGUUUAAUUUGCUCAUUUCCGACGACGGAAAACCGAUUCUCAUUGAUUUCCCCCAAAUGAUGUCGACUUCUCAUCCAAAUGCCGAGUUUUACUUCGAUCGAGAUGUCACUGGAGUUCGUGAGAUGUUCCGUCGAAAAUUUGGCUACGAAAGCGAAGAUUACCCCAAGUUCUCCGACAUCGUACGAGAAGAUGAUUUGGACGCAGAUGUUCGUUGCACUGGCUACGGCUUUACCAAGGAAAUGGAAAAAGAUCUACUACAAGAGUAUGGAAUGAUCGAUAGAGACGAGGAAUCAGAUGACGAAGAAGAUGACAUCCCAGACGAGGAAGAAGACAAAGCAAAAACAACUGAACGUGAACUGAAUGAAUAUCGCCAGCAAUUGGAGAAAGAAGUUAGCUUUUCCGAGAACAAAGCCAAAAAAGCCGACGACAGCAUUCGGAGUUAUUUGGAAUCCUGCACACAAUACUUGGGCAAUACGACCUUGGAUGAGGUAUCGCCACCUUUGGCAGGAGACGAUGAUUUCGUUGAUGCCGAAGGAGAACCUGAACUCGUUCCUAUCCAGACUCUUACAUCCCAAAACUUGAACAAAAUCCAGAGCCCACCUCUACCAAAGGCCGAUCAGGACGAUGCAGCAUCAGAUGCUGGAACUAUGAGCUCCAAUGACCUCGAAACAGAUAAUGUUCCAGAACUGACAGAUGUUGACCCGAAUUCGAGAAUGUAUCGAUUGAAAAUGGUCGAAAAACUUCUUUCAGACGCCAGGAGUCAACGGUCUUACUCGACAACAGCGAGUACAAUUGCUCCUAGUGUGAUAACAGAUCGUAUCAAGAAGACCAUGGAUGUAAAGGAGAAGCGGGAGAUGCGCAAGAAGUGUGUGGCCAAGGGAGAAUCGAAUGCAACGCAAAGAGGUCGAAAGGAAAACAAGGAUGUUGUCAAGGAGUACGCUGGUUGGGAUUUUUAAGUGGAAUUUUGUUUUGUAAUUAUUUAGAGGAAAAUAAAUACAUUUUAUUUUGAAAUUAUUUGA